GGAGGUCAUCUUGGGAGAAAAUAUAUUUGUUUGACUUAGAGGCCCAAAAUCUGCUCACGACUUGGAAUUCCUACGCUGUCACGUCAAAAUUCUCCAUUUUUAUUUCUAUUUAGUUUUUGUAAGUGAUAAGUAUUUUCUCGAUCUUCACUAUUAAUGGUGGAUUUGUUGGAGAGAGAGAGAGGCAGAGGAAUGACCGACGGGAAAGAAUACCCCGGCAACUUGACACCGUAUGUUAUUGUAACCUGCGUUAUUGCAGCCACGGGCGGUCUCAUUUUCGGUUACGAUAUCGGAAUUUCAGGUGGAGUUACGUCAAUGGAUCCAUUCUUGGAGAAAUUUUUUCCGUCGGUAGCCGAGAAGCAAAAAGAGGAUAGUUGGGUGCAGAAUAAUGGGUAUUGCCAAUUUGACAGCCAUUUAGUGUCAUUGUUUACAUCGUCCUUGUAUCUGGCUGCACUUUGUUCGUCGGUGGUGGCCUCAACGUUGACGAGGAAACUCGGCAGAAAGCUGACGAUGCUGGUCGGGGGUGUGCUCUUCUGCGUCGGAGCUUUCAUCAAUGCCUUUGCUGCUGCUCUAUGGAUGCUCAUUUUUGGCCGUAUUCUUCAGGGGUUCGGAGUUGGAUUUUCAAACCAGUCUGUUCCACUCUACCUAUCUGAGAUGGCUCCUUACAAGUAUAGAGGUGCACUCAACAUUGGAUUUCAAUUAUGCGUCACCCUGGGCAUCUUAGUAGCUAAUCUAUUGAACUUCGGGUUUAACAAAAUCAAUGGUGGCUUUGGGUGGAGACUCAGUUUAGGAGGCGCGGCAAUCCCUGCUAUAAUCGUUAUCAUAGGUGCAUUAGUCAUUUCAGACACACCAACUUUCAUGAUCGAGUGUGAUGAGCACGACAAAGCUAGGUCCAAACUUAGGAGAAUUCGUGGUGUAGCUGACGUGGAUCAAGAGUUCAAAGACUUGGUUUUGGCAAGUGAGGCGUCUAAAAAUACGGAACACCCAUGGAAAAACCUUUUCAAAAAGAAGUAUAGGUUCUACCUCAUGAUGGGAAUUGCCAUUCCAUUCUUUCAAGGGCUUAGCGGCAUCAACGUGAUCGUGUUUUAUGCACCUGUCUUGUUCCAGACCAUCGGUUUAGGAAAUAAUGCCGCGUUGAUAUCGACUGUGAUCACAGGUGGGGUGAAUGUUUUCGCCACUGUUGUGUCCAUUUAUGGAGUGGACAAGUGGGGAAGAAGGUUUCUUUUCAUUGAAGGAGGCAUUCAAAUGCUUAUCUGUCAGAUUGUCGUCGGAAUAUGCAUUGCUGUGAAAUUUGGGGUGGAUGGAGAGGUAAAUGAGAUGAUACCUAAGUGGUAUGCAAUUGUAGUGGUGCUGUUUAUAUGCAUAUUUGUGGCUGGAUAUGCUUGGUCUGGGGACCUCUAGGGUGGGCUGGUGCUAGUGAAAUUUCCCCUCUUGAAAUUCGAUCUCUGCUGCUCAGAGUUUGAAUGUUUCAGUUAACAUGGGUUGCACCCUGUAUCAUGGCUCAAAUCUUCUUAACCAUGCUUUGUCACUUGAAAUUUGGGUUGUUCUUUUUCUUUGCCUUCUUGUGUUGGUUAUGAGUAUCUUCAUAUACUUGGCCUUACCUGAGACCAAGAAGAGUCCGAUCGAAGAAAUGACGAUCCAAAGUAGCUAUGUGUUCGAGUGUGGUAAGGACA